CUCUGAAUUGCAUCUGACGGAUCCUCAGUCUUCCACAAUGAACCCUGUGUAUAGCCCCGUGCAGCCUGGGGCUCCUUAUGGCAACCCUAAGAACAUGGCUUACACAGGUUACCCCACAGCCUACCCAGCAGCAGCCCCUGCCUACAACCCCAGCCUGUACCCCACCAAUAGCCCCAGUUACGCUCCAGAGUUUCAGUUCCUGCAUUCAGCUUAUGGAUACCAUGAAGCAACUCUGCUGAUGAAACAGGCCUGGCCACAGAACUCGACUUCCUGUGGCACUGAAGGCACCUUCCACCUCCCAGUGGACACCGGGACCGAGAACCGAACUUACCAAGCAUCCUCUGCGGCUUUCAGAUAUACUGCGGGGACACCAUACAAGGUCCCACCGACCCAGAGCAAUACUGCUCCACCCCCCUACUCCCCAUCACCCAACCCCUAUCAGACGGCCAUGUAUCCCAUCAGAAGUGCCUAUCCUCAGCAGAAUCUGUAUGCCCAGGGAGCCUACUACACACAGCCGGUGUACGCUGCCCAGCCCCACGUCAUCCACCACACCACGGUCGUCCAGCCCAACAGCAUUCCCUCCGCCAUCUACCCGGCACCUGUAGCUGCCCCCAGGACCAACGGUGUGGCCAUGGGCAUGGUGGCUGGCACUACCAUGGCGAUGUCAGCAGGUACCCUGCUGACUGCACCCCAGCACACCGCGAUUGGGGCACACCCUGUCUCCAUGCCAACAUACAGGGCCCAAGGGACCCCUGCGUACAGCUAUGUGCCACCACACUGGUAAAGCCUGCAGCCCAUCCAAAUCUGGAGUCACACAUUGUAUGCAACUACUCAAGUCUUACAGGUGCUGGAGCAGUUCCCUAGCAGCACCACCUCUAUUUGCAAGAAGAGACAACGGAAGUGCAAGGGUCACUUUAUGCAUCUUUAGCGGUUUUGAUUUUUAUUUUUGGUUUAUGUAAAAGCUGCUUUUUCUAAUCUCCUGCCUCUCCCCACUACCCUCCUCUUAGCCACGGCCCUUCCAGCUUCACCCCUCCUCCUACCUGACCAGGCACUUCCUCUCUGCUCUUCUUCUUUCCUUCCCCAAGCGUCCAUUCCCCGGGGAUCCCGGUCUAGCGGCAGGUAGAGAGUGGGGGUUAUUGCAGUGGUUCAGCUGAAGGCACGAUUUCCGAUUUCCUUUGAAAAGCCUAACAGAUGUAGCCCUUGGGUCCAGGGUGGGAACUCAGAGCUGUUGAGCAGGCUCCAUCUUUGGGGGAUUGUUUCCUUUUUUUAUUUUUCUCAAGAUUAGUUUAGGACAUUACCAUGUCCUGACACAAAUGAAAUGUCUUCUGAGAACCAUCGCAACAGAUCAAGAACAAAACACCUGAUUAGGUAGGAGUGUUCAUAGCAGCUUAAUACCCCAGGUGAGAACCUGGGAAAAACAGAUUUUUGGGGGAGAUCUUGGGGGUGUGGGGAGCACUGUGCGAGGGAAGAGGGAGAGAGGUGCUUGCCUGCUGGCUUUGGUUUGUAAGGCCUCUGGCUAGAUUGCCUGGGCCUAGACCCUCUGAUUUGCACAGUAAUGUAAACUGACCUGGCACUUCCUCAGAAGGUGAUUUUGACCUCAGACCUGCCAAGCAGCUGCAGGGUGGUGGGCUCCCAGCCUCCCAAAGCCUUGGAUGGCCAGGUGCCCUGUGUAACCCAGACCUUGGCCCCUGAGCCCCCAUGGACCCACUCUGAUGAGGAGCCAGCUCCUGAUUAGCGUGGGAACCUAUGGCAUUUCUCUCCCUUCCUUCUGCCCUUCCCAGUGCCAGAGCUCACCCAUCUGUCCUUGGGGCUGGCAGGCAGGCCAGGCUCUUGGUUACCUUUAGCCACUCAUGGCCAAAGUGAAGGAACCACAUUCCAGAUGGGUGCUGGCAGCUCUGAAGGUCAGAAUAGUGAAGGAAAAGCAAUAGCAAUAAACAUUUCAUAGACUCAUGGAACUGAAGGGACCUUAGCAAUCAUCUCAUCCAUUCCCCUUUUUGACUGAUGAGGAAGCUGAGGCCUGGAAAAGAGGAAAGGACUUCCCUGGAUCUUGCAGUAAAUUAGCAUUAAAUGCAGCCUUUCUACCUAGGGGCAUGUUGCUCACAAAAAUUUACCUAGGGAUGGAUUGGCUUGGUUUUGUAAAAAUUAAGUCAGCAGUGCCCACAUCUGGUGAGCUCUGGAACAGUAUCUGUCUGGGUUUUUGUUUCUGUUCUUUUCCUCCCUAGACUCCAAAGGCAGGGGGAAGACUGGGCAGAGGUUACUUGGGAGCAGAUGGCAGGAACAGAAAUUGCAAAUGAAGAAAUAGCAUUUGGAAAUUCUGUGAAGACACCUGGAACUUAUGUCCUGUACCUGACUCCAGCCCUAGGAGAAUGAGCAGGUGUGCUGUCUGAAAGGAGGGUCCAUGCAUUUAGGACAGUAGCGCCUCAUCCUGAGAGAAGAGGAGGACCAGGAUGAGGCCUGGGAGAAGAGGGGUCCCUGGGUCAGGAGGCCCUGCUAGUCUCAGCUAGGAGCCUGGUUUGCUCCCCUGCACCUAGCACUUGGCUGGGCCAGCAGCCCCCCCUAGUGGGGGCAAGGACAUUUACUGUACAGAGUGGGAUCAUUGAUAAUACUUGGGACUUUUAAAUAACUUUUUCAAUUUAAAUUCAUGCAAAUGUGGACAUAUCCCUAUCUCUACCUCCCAUCACUCCCUAAAUCAGGAAAAAAAUCAGAAACCCUUGGGCCAGGAGGGCAAAGCCCAUCAGCAUCCUCAGCCCAGAGUCGGAAGUUGGGGCCAACCUUCUUGGCCUGCCAGGGACCUGGAGGACCAGUAAGGAGAAACCCAGCAGUUCUGAAUGGUCUGUCCCGGGUGCUGAAGUUUCAUUGUAAAACAACCAAGUUUCCCAGUGUUAAUCCAUUUUUUGCAAAUACUUCCUUCUCCUCUCUGGUUUGUAAGGGUGAAGAUGGUUUUAGAUUAUGUCAUACAUAUUUGGAAAAUGCCAAAAUAAUAAUAAUAGUAACAGGAAACCUUGGCAUUUAUCUAUCAGGUGCUUCAUAGAUUUCAGAGCACUUCACAGCCUUUAAUUUACUGGCCCUGAGACAGAGAGACAUGGUCAGAGUUAUUAUACCCACUAGACAAAUGAGGAGGCUGGUUCUAGAAGGAAAGGGAACUUGUCCAAAGUGAGCAGAACACUGGCAUCCUGACAGGCUUUCUGAACCUGCUGCAUCCAGAUGGGCUGCAGUAGAACCAGAGAGGAAGGAAAAAAGAGGAGACUUAGGAAUGACCUUGUUACUUUCGUUCUUUCUACACCAGUAAGUAAAAACUAAUGUCUAGUACCUUGCAGUUCACAGAACAAUUUCACAUCCAUCCUCUGAUUUAAUCCUGUGAAAUAGAUUAUUCCUCCCAUUUGACUUAGGAAACAAACUCAGAAAAGCAAAGUGACUUGUCUAUCUGCUUUCUCUCUCCCUCCAGUUUGACUUAUACACAGGCUUGCAGACUGAUGCAUCUAUGCUCUGCACCCUCUCUUAGCCCUAGUAUGUAACUCAAGAUCAAAGACAGGCCCCAAGGCAUAACCAAGGCACAGAAAGGCUGUAGUCUGAAGAGCCCAGGCCCAGCACCCCUUUUAUAAUAUGAGUGUUGGAGCCUCGUUCUCUUGCUCUGAUGGAGAUCCACAAGCCUGGCCAGGCUAACAUGACAAUGAACUGCAGUGCUGGCCCCGCGUGUAAAUCCCUCUCCACCCCCUCCACUGCCUCUCCCCAGUACCACAGCUUGGUGGCCAGCAUUGGGGGUAUAUAGAUGGUUCCAGUCACCAGCCAACCCUUUUACCCCCACCUCCCUUCUAUUUGACUCCCUCUCAGUAGCCUGGGGCCUGGGAAGCUGGAGUGCCCCCAAUCUGCCACAUUUUGAAAAUGUUUUAAAAAUGUCUUCCCCAUGAGACAGGACAAUUGCUGCUCCUCUCUCUCUCCUGGUAAUGAUCCUAAAGUGAUAUCCCCUUCCCUAAAUAUUGAACAAGGACAUACACCUGUCCAGAGUGUUUUCAUGUACAAAGUACUUUGACGUUGAUUGCCAAAUUACCCAUCUUAAAACUAAGUCUCAGAAGUCUUAAGACUUGCCAAAGGUCACAGAGCUCAAGAGAAAGAGCCAACACUUGAACUCUUCAGAUCCUCUGCUCUUCCUGCUGGCACCUGCGGGUCUGAGUGGCAGGGGUGAGGAAGGGAUGGCUUCCUGUCUGUCCCAGGGGUGAGGACCAGGACCUAGAGACGGUGCAGAGUCCUGACUCCUUAUCCCAACUCUUACCUCUGGCCGCCCAAGUUGUUCCAAGUUUGAGGUAUUUACUUCUAGAGGUCUGGGGGUGCUUCUUUGGAGGAGCUUGCUUUGUUCUGCGUGGCCUCCAGAAGUGAAUCGUGGGACAUAAAGUAGGGCCGGCCUCUUGGUCACCAAGUUCUGGUGGUGGUGUGCAGACAGGACUAGGCCAGUCUUAGCAAGGCCCUGGCUUAGCCAGGCCUGGAGCCCUGCAUGUCAGAUUCCUCAGCUCUGCUCCAUGGCCCGAGAGGGAGGGCCGAGAAGGCGUGGGUCUUGGGCACAGCACUCUGACUAGAAUAACUUGGAUCUCACCGUGGCAUUUCUCCUCGAUUGCAGUUGAAAGUGUGUGGCAGCUCUGCUUUUCCAUCCUGCAUUCUACCACAUCACUGCAGGGGAUGUGGUGUUCAGCCACAUGCCAAGCUUAGCAAUCCAGAGGGGUUAGGUCAGGCAGUGGAGUGGGCAGGCGGGAAGCAGGAUCACAGUAGAAACUCAGCCAGGCUAACAUCAGAUUCCACACCUGAGUCCCUGAGAGCUCAGGCUCCAUGGGCAGGCCAGGCUGCUGCAGGAUCUGUCCUUCACCUGCCCAUGUUCCCCUCUCCUAGAGAACUCAUUUCUGAAAUUAGGCAUUACUUGGUUCCAGGGCCCAGCCGUCAAAAUUUCUGGCAGGCCAGCUUCAACAUUCCAUAGCCAACCUCGCCCGAACCAGACUCGAUCCCACUCACUCAGCUUCUUUGGUGGGUACUUUCUGUCUUGCAUGCUGUUGCGUUCAGCCCAGUGGCCAAGUGAGACACACAGGAUUAGGACUGGCUGUCCCAAAGCCUGAAGGGAAACGAGCGCUCACUCUCCUGUGGCUGCAUCCGCAGUCCCUAGGCUCCUUGCGUGGCGGUGAGACCCAUACCCAUCCCAGCUCCUGGUACAGGGGUGUUUUCCUUCCCGGAGAGAACAGAUAGAACAGCUUUGCAGAUAAGUACCAGCCCCUGGGAGUCAAAUGGGUGAAAUCAUCUUUGAGCUGGACCCCAGCAAGACCAGCAUCUGCAGGCUCCAGCCUUCCUCCUCGAGCCUGAGAAUCGGGAAGAGUGGGACUGCCCAGAGACCACCUUCUCGGGUCAGCAGAUUGUGUGCAUCUAGGGUGGGACUUGAGCUUCUCCUCACCAAGGGGAGGCCAGACCAGGCCUCUAGCAACUUGGAGUUGUAAUGACCUUUAAAGGCCCAGCGCCUGUCCCCCUCUCCUGUUUCAUAUCACCUGUUCUCAUGGCAUGUAACAUCCCUGUGAGAGUAUUGUAUAUGAUUUUGUAUUUUUUAAUUCAUUUUAAUCUACAGGUUGGAAUCUGAUUUUUAAAUUUUAUUGGAAUUCACAUUUUAAAAGGAAAAACAUUUAAAAUAAUAAUAAUAAACCUUUGACCAGUGUCUUCCAAGUAGUUGAUCAAAGAACUUAUAGGUGUUUUCAAACACAGCCUGGAGUGCAAAGAUGGGAAAGCCCCAUGGCCUCGCUUGUGUAUAUGAAGUGUAAAUCUGGUUUGGUUUUGUUUUGGAUUCUUUUGGGAUUUUGUUUUGUUUUGAUCAGAUAGUGAUCAUUCUGAAAGAUUGAAGCCAAGAAUUUGUAACUAUGAUAUUUACUGUAAGCUGUAGAACAUUCAAUAACUAUUAAAAAAAAGUUUCCCAAAAAA